UGUGUUGUAUAUAUAUAUAUGCCAUUUUCGUGAGUGAGAGACUUCAACAACCAGACUAAUUAUAACUACUAUUAAAUGCAAAGAUCAGAAUCUUGUAAUACUCACCCUGUUGUUGUCUCUUCCCGUCUAAUUCAUUCAUCUUCAGAUGGAUAUGACUAAAACUCUCAUCUUCCUCCUUCCUUUCUUUCUCUGUGUAUAUUCUCAACUUUUGCCCCCGUUGCCAUUAAUACCAGAUCUCUUAUCCUUCUUAGACAUUAGACUCGGCCUUGUUUACCCUAUUAUUCAAGCCUUCAAGGACACAAUCACAUCUGAUCCCUUAGGGAUCACCGGCACUUGGGCUGGAUCAGAUGUGUGCAAUUACACAGGCUUCUACUGUGAUCAUCCGCCUGACAAUGAAUCUGCCACCGCCCUUGCAUCCGUCGACCUCAACGGCUUCGGCCUCGAAGCCCCCACACUCGACGGCUUCCUCGAUCAGCUGCCGGAUCUUGCUCUCUUUCAUGCCAAUUCCAAUAAAUUUUCUGGCUCUUUACCAGCAAAACUCGCAGAAAUUCCAUUUCUAUACGAGCUAGAUGUGAGUAACAAUAAAUUUUCCGGCCCUUUUCCUCAAGAAAUUCUUCAGAUGAAUGGCCUAUCGUUUUUAGAUAUUCGAUAUAACUUCUUUUCAGGGCCUCUCCCUUCUCAACUUUUCUUGUUAAAACUAGAAAUACUCUUCCUGAAUAACAAUAAUUUCGGUCAAACUCUCCCGAACACUCUCGGCUCUACAACGGCACGUUAUCUCACCUUAGCUAACAACAAAUUCACCGGCCCGAUACCAAGGAGCAUCGGCAUGGCUGCUGCAACGUUACAGGAAGUUUUGUUCUUAAACAAUCUACUGACCGGCUGUCUCCCAUAUGAACUAGGGUUUCUGAAAGAAGCUACGGUUAUUGAUGCAAGCAACAAUUUAUUGACUGGUCCAUUACCAUGCUCGCUGGGGUGUUUGGGGAAGAUAGAGCAGCUAAAUUUCGCUGGAAAUUUACUGUACGGACAGAUACCCGAAGUCCUGUGUACAGUAGGAAGCUUGGUGAAUUUGUCUCUGUCAAAUAAUUAUUUCACUAAAGUUGGAGCUUUGUGCAAGAGGUUGGUCAAUAGUGGAGUUCUUGACGUGACAAGAAAUUGUAUUCCUAAUCUCCCUAACCAGAGAUCGGCGGCGGAGUGUGCAUCAUUCUUUUCGCGGCCUAGAAAUUGCCCGCGCCCCUCGACGUUUAAUAUUAUUCCUUGCAAGGCUAAGCCGCCAUUAAUGGGCAAUCCUCAAACAAGAACGAAGAAAAAUUCAGUUGCUUAUGGUGCUCUUGAGAGACAGAGUGUACCUUGAGGGAUCCUUUUGUUAGAUUAUAAGCUUUAACCAAAAAUUUAUUAGAUAAUAGAGGGGGAAAAGUGUAAGCAUGAUGUUCUUUUCCUUUUUUGUAUUGUUUUUCUUUUACCUUUUUAAGUCUUUUGUUUAGUCUUUGAGUUCACAUCCUUGAUAACUGGAAAUUAAUAACAAACAUGGUUGAAAAAUGAAGUUAGAUUUGUAAGUAGUUAUUUUGUUUGUGGGAGCCGGUAGAAAUGGGUCAAGCGGGGCCGCCGCAUAUUCUGAAACCUGACGAGAGUGAUGCAAUAUGGGCCAGGAAGCAGGAAAAUUUUGCAUAUCAGCCGAUGAUUGUGGAAGGAAAAUGUGUUUUAUUUUGGUGAUAAAUAUUCGUAACUUAUCAGUCGUCAGGGUCUUACGAUUCAACUAAAAUAAAUGUCAAUUUUUAUUUUUUAAUCUAAGAUCAGUAUUUGCCUAA